AUGGUGGGAACAUACAAACAAUUUGGUGUAAAUGCUCAGCUUAAAGGCUUAUUUAGAAAAUGAGGAGUAAAUUUGACAACACUGAUAGCCAUCAAAGCGUGUUCACAUUUUAUAACCAUACAUUAAUUGAUCACAUUUUAGCCUGGAAGCCUCUUCCAGCCAAUGGACGAUACCAUACAUUUGUAUGUAGAUGGGGAUCAUGCAUUAUAUUUGCAUGACUAACAUUUUAGCUGUUUGAUAGCUGUAUAAUCGCUGUUUUACUUUCAUGAGGCAGAUUGUGGCUACUAUCAGUGAUAAAAGAUACUUUGAAACUAAUGUGACACAUGCUAGUGAUGCUCACUGGCUGGAGAGUGGGGAUGCAUUUGCAAGUGGAUAAUUGUCUCUAAUUAAUGAUAACAAUGGCGAACACUUUGCUGAUAAUUUCUCAAUUAUUCCUCUCCUUAUCACACCCUCUUGUGUACUAGUUCUAUGUAUAUAGAGAGGUUAUGAUAUGCUUACAACAUAAGAAACAAACUGCAACUGUAUAAUGACUUAAAUAUGUGUCUGGUUUUAUAGUGGUGGAAUGUUUAAUAUGAAAUAUAAUUAUUAUUUUUAAUUGUUCAACCUGAUAAUAAAACAAUAAAUACACAUUCGUUCAGAAGAAGUUAAAUUGUGUUAUACACUUAUUUAGCAUCCUUCAGGCAUAAGAGAGGAAAGCAGUCCUGGAAGUGUUAUAUAGCUAGUCAUACAAUGGCUGAAGUUUUGUGUGUGGAUGGUAUGGAGCAUGGAUCACUGGGAGACUUUGACCCUAGUGGUAACCAUGGUGAGGAUGUUGAUGUUGUAGAUGCCAUGGGAAUGGGUCCAGACUCAGACUUUCUCACAGAGGUAGACUGCUUGGAGACUGGUCAGUCUGUGCAGGAAAUAAUUGACAACCAGGAAGAUGAUGCAGAUGUCAUCUUGGAUAAUGGAAAUGGAAUGUCCUUUAGUGCCAGUGAAAGCAUGCAGAUUUCCCAGGAGGCAACUGGGUUGCCAAACAGCAAGCAGCAGGAGUGCUCAGGCUGCAAGAAGAUGAUCACAGACCGGCACCUGCUGAAGGCACUGGACCAGUACUGGCACGAGGACUGCCUUAAGUGUUCAUGCUGUGACUGCCGUCUGGGUGAGGUCGGCUCCACACUGUUUGCCAAAGCCAACUUGUUGCUGUGUCGCAGAGACUAUCUCAGGUUGUUUGGGACCACGGGGUACUGUUCAGCGUGCUCCAAGAUGAUUCCUGCAUUUGAAAUGGUGAUGCGAGCCAAGAACAACGUCUAUCAUCUGGAGUGCUUUGCCUGUCAGAUGUGCAAUCACAGGUUCUGUGUUGGUGACAGGUUUUAUUUGUGUGAUAAUAAAAUACUGUGUGAGUAUGACUAUGAGGAGCGGAUGGUGUUUGCUAACAUGACCUAUAACUACAACGCCCUCUCACAGAUAAAGCGCCAGACGAACAGUCUUAGCGACGACCUUUCCAGUGGGUACGGGAGCCCAAGUCCAAGCUCCUUGUAAGAAAUCCUCACAAGCAGCUGUUUUGUUUCUUUACUUGUGUUACAUUCUGGGUCGUUAUUGAGUAAAAAACAUCACCUAUAUAUAGGGAUGUGUGUUCAGUGGUUAUCCCAUUUAUGCCUAUAAAGCGUCUAGAAAAAAGGCCUUAGCAAACAGUGUAGACCCAGAUGAGACGCCGCAUGAUGCGGCGUCUCAUCAGGGUCUGCACCGUUUGCUGUAAGGAAUUUCUGUGAGAAAUAUGCUAGAUAUAGAAAUAAAUAUACUAGACAUCCCUACUUUUGAAAAUAAAUUGAUCCAAUUUUUAGAAGGAUGGGAGAAUCCAAUCGGCCUAAAUGGGUUAAUGAAGAUUUGGGCUGACCACACAAUUGUAACGGUGAGGGGUUUGGUUGUUGAUCAGUCAGAAUUUUAUCAGUAUUGUUAUUUACAAGUUAGUUUCUUUGUAUUGUAUGUCUAUAAUAUCUAAAUAUGUAUUGCCUGUUUAAAUAUUGCGAUAACUUGAGAGGGGCAGUUCUUAAGAACUUCCUGUGUUAUUGAUCUUAAAGUUUUGGAUUACUUAUUUAUUUCACCUUGAUUAAGCUUGUUCUAAACUUGUCAAUGUUUAUACAAUAACAUUAUCAUAUUAAUAAACAUGGUAUAAGUUUUAAAAUAUUAUUACUGAUUUUUUUUAAAGUAGUAUAAUUGUAUAAGUAUUCCACUUUUACUAUUAUUUGGAGUAAAGGAUUGUAGUGUUAUGUUUAAACAAAUUUGGCUUUGUAAAAAUGUAUUCAUUCAACAAAUAUACGAAAUAGUUGUGUCAUUUUAUUAAGAUCUCAGACAUAUAUUUUCACACACAUACAGAAAAUCAGUCUCCAAGACAAAGUCAUAAACAAGAUAAAGUUUAUGAAAGAUUUGUCAUUUUUGUAAAUACACAUAAACAGAAAAGUUUCUAGUCACUUUUUUGUUAAACUCACUAGAAUAUUUAUUUUUGUCUUUUUUUUGUUGUUGAUCUAUAACACAACUUAGUGUUGAAAUAUGCAAAGAGAAUCUUCAGCUGUAACAGCAGAAGACAAGUCUUAGUAUUCAAUGCAGUUAACACCUUGGAAUUUGAACUAAUAUAAUAUUUCUAUAAUAACAUUUUAUCAAAAUGAUUAAGUUUAAUCAAUAUAUAAUCAAUAAAUCAAUCAAUUGUCUGCUUAUUAGUAUUUUGUUAAUUAUAUUGUUUGUUAAAUUAUGUAUCAUAUUGACCAUAAAAUUAUAAUUUUAAUCAAUGUAGAUUUCCUAUUUUACCAUAUUGAUUGUGUGUAACGUGUGAUUGAGUUUAAUUAUGUAUUUCAUUACCUGAACGCUAAUAACAGAGCAUUAGAAUGUCUUUUUUUAGCUUACCUUAUCACAAAGUGCUCAAGGUUUGAAAAUGUGGUCACCCUAGUCGCACAGUGUGCAUUGUAUGGUGUGGGUUGUCAAUUUGCCAAUAUAGAGGCCACAUUGUUCAUCCGAAAUUGAUGAAACUUAGUCAGAAUGAUUAUGUUUAUCUUGACAAUAUCCAAGCCAAGUUUGAAUCUGAGAGAUGUGGGUCUAAAAACUAGGCACCAGGUAAAAUCUGAAAAAUAUGAAGGCUAUUUUUGAGUCUGGAUCAAGUGUGGUCAACAAUUAGAUCCCCUAGUCAAGUCUUCAACAAUUAUUGUUGGUUAGCUCAGGUAAGCGUCUUAGAGCCAUCAUGGAUUUUACUUGGUUAAAGGAACACUUUUCUAAAUGAAAAUCCAGUUAAAGGGGAAAGUGUCGUCCCUAAUUAGCAAGGCUUGACUGCACAGGCUAUUCUGGGACAAUACUUUAUGCACAUACAUCAAUCCUGGUUUUCCCAGAGAUAAUUGGUAUUUGAAAUGUCUAGUCUUAUACUAUGUCUAAACUCAUAUGUGACCGCUGCAACAUAAUACAUAAAUAUAUUGUUGUUAUUAUAUUUAAUAGCAUUUAUAAAAGCAAAAAAAAACACAGUUACUGCACUUCAGUUUUCAAAAUUAAUUUGCUUGAAAAGGACUGUUUGUCUAUUUAUAUUUUUUCCAUUGCAUUUUAUUGGUAGCUUUCAAUGGCAUUUGCAACUUAACAAAAAAAAUAAAAGUGGUCUUUUCAAUGUUCACCAUGUUAAGUGGGUGACAAAUUAUCAUUUGGAAUAGUAAGCUUUUAAAAUAUAUUUUUUAUAAUUGGUUUUGCUGCAGGGAAUGGCACAUGAUGUAAUUGGAAAACAUAUUUUCCCUACGAGGAAUACAAUGUUCAAUGUAUACCCGGAUGUAAUUAACCAGUGACAAUGGAUUUCAAUUGAACAUGCCAGCUAUAUUUUUUUAGAAUUUGCUCUUCAUGAAUUAUUGUUUUACUUAACAGUAUGCUAUUAGAUUUGUGUAGCAGCAGUUGAAUCAAACUGUGAUAAGCCAGGGCACAUAUUUAUUUAAAGCAUGUCCUUUUUAAAUUUCACAAUACAUGUACUUUCAAUACCAAUAUUAUUAUUGUUCUCAUAAUUUCCGUUUCUUAAUGUAACCAAUCCGGUUUUGGCUCAUUCUGUACACUGUUUGUUUUGAAUAUUUAUAUUUAUUACAUCAUGCUCUGCAGAGGGGUUGUGGAAUAUAAUUAAGGACAACUACAUGCAUUGCGUCCCAUAUUUAAGGUUGAACCAAGUUUCUUCUAGUUAAAUAGAAUUUAUUAUGUUGCAAUUACCUGCAAACAAGUUCAUUUUGCCUGCGUGUUUGAAGACCAUUUCAUUGGUACUUUUUAAUGUGUAAGCCUCCUUACAUUUGAUAUUCAGUCUUCACUUUGUAUGUACAUAGUUUAUUGUGUGCAUGUUGGGACCAAAUUUUGCUCUUUUUGGGGGUCAAAUUUUAUUGAAACUCAGUUUGUUCUCAUCAUUAAGUGGGAAUCCAGUUUGUUUCUGUUGGUUUGUUGAAAUACUUCACUUUUUUCUUGUUGGAAUGUGCACUUAAUCUUAAACAUUGCAGAUACUGGUAAAAAGUUUUAAAUUAAACUUUCAUUACAGAAAGUGAACAGUAUUUUAAUUGCCAUGAACAGAUGGCUUUUGCUUGUAUCUACAAUCUGUGUGUAUGUCAGACACUUGUCACCCAUAAAUCUGUUUAUGUGUAGCUCCCCAGAGCAGGAAGUGCUCAAAGUGAGCUAUAAAGAACGCCUUAUGUUCAGAAUCAUCAUCUAUCUUCAUGUGUCAUCAUUUUUACUUUAUCACUCUAGCUGCCACUCUUUUUAUUCAAUUUUGAUGAAACUUGGUCACAAUGUUUAUCUUGACGAUAUUUAGGCCUUGUUCAAAUCAUGUGCCACCAAAAACUACUUCACAAGGUCAAUUUUUAGAAAAACUUGAAACUUAAAUGACUCAAUCAUGAUGAGACAUGGUCAGAAUUUUUAUCUUGACAGUAUUGGCUGUGUUUCAGUUUGAGGCAGGGUUCCAAAUUACAUGAAAAAGUUCUUGAAAUCAAGGUUUGCCCUGAAAAGUGCACAAAAUAAACUGGGGUGCUUAAAUAUGCUUAUUUUUAACAUAACCUUUAAACAUUCUUAUGAAGAUUUUGAAUUUUGAUAAAAAAAUUAGUAAAUAUGGAAAACGGGAUUCAGAUUAUAAUCUGGCAUCUCCAAAAUUGAAAUAAAUUAUGGGAAUUUGUUUAGCCGGGUUUUUGAGGCAACUAUGAGAAAGAAAACAGGUGAAUGAAAUUUGACAAAUCUGGUAUUAUUAAAAAAAGAUAAGAGUGAGUUCUAGUCAUACUCUAAACUGAUUUUAUGCAAGCAUUUGUCUUACCAAAUAACUUAUGAAUAAUGGCAUAGUGGAUAUAAUGUAGGCUACAAAAUGUGUUGUGAUACAAAUAAUGGUACAAUAUCGUCUUUACCCUGAAAAUGAAGUCGUUGAAUUUUGUUGGUAAGAUUCUGUAUGAAACCUAACUUGGAUCACAUUCAAGAACUUGGUCACCUUGUUAAGUUUAAGAAAAUACUUCUUACCACUAUUUGGGCCAGCGUUUUGGCUAAAUCUUGGUCACAAUGUUUAUAUUGUUUAAUAACAAGGAUUUAAUCUUCAUUUAUCAGGAUCAAAAACUAUGACACCGGGGCAAGUCUAAGACAAUUGUUGUACCUUGAACUUAGAUGAGCGCUUCAGGGCCAUCAUUGCCCUCUUGUUUCCUUGAAUUACAACUUACAUGAGAAUGGUGCUUCAUGAGAAAACCCUUGCUUAAUCUUUGAUGUUCUUAAAUCCUAUGCACUGACAUGCAUGUUUACAUUUGGAACUUUGGACACAGAAAACACCUGUGAACAUGAAUCCCAAGCUCACCAGGUCUGUGCUGUGAUGGAUUCCAUACUGCAUCAGAUGCACUUGUUAACCAGUACAGAAACCCAACUUCUUCAAUUAUUUAAUUAAACUGAGUUUACUUCUUAAAUGUUUUUUAAAUGAUGAAAAAAGGUUCCCCAUCUGUGCAAUCUAAUAGUUAAACUGUAGUUUAAUGUAAAUUGAAAAUGGAAGUCAUUGAGAUCAUUCUUAUCAGCAACUUCAAUCUAGAAUGCAUAUUCAAAAUGAGGUAUUCAUUUUUAUACGCCCGUUUUAAAAAACGGGACGUAUUAUAGUUUCACCUUGCCAGCGGGCGGGCUGGGUCCACAGCAGUUUCCGCUCUCUAAUUCAAAUAGUUUUUAUCAGAUCUUCACCAAACUUGGUCAAAAGUUGUAUCUAGACAAUAUCUAGGUCAAGGUCGAAUAUGGGUCAUGCCGGGUAAAAAACUAGGUCACAGGGUCACUUGGUGCAUUUCAAGCAUUUAGCAUGGUGUCCGCUCUCUAAUUGAAGUAGUUUUCAUCCAAUCUUCACCAAACUUGGUCAGAAGUUGUAUCUAGACAAUAUUUAGGUCAAGUUCGAAUAUGGGUCAUGCCGGGUCAAAAACUAGGUAACAGGGUCACUUAAACCAUUUCAAGCAUUUAGCAUGGUGUCCGCUCUCUAAUUGAAGUAGUUUUCAUCAGAUCUUCACCAACUUUGGUCAGAAGUUGUGUCUAGAUGAUAUGUAGGUCAAGUUCAAAUAUGGGUCAUGGUAAAGUUAUCAAUUUGUCCAAAGCCUUAAAACGGGCGUAUCUUGUGACAGUUUGGCACUCUUGUUAUUAUGUAUGACAGCUAUAAAUGCAAUCACUCUUUUCGCCUGGUUUUGUGAAUAUUCCUAUGAAAACUAUUAAUGUUUUUACAAGUGUUGAUAUUCUAAAUUACAAUAAUGCACUUGUCUGUCUUUAAAACAAUGUCAGCAAGCAUUACUCAAAUCCUUGGCUGAGCAGUGGAUAUGUGAUUAAAACAAAUUUUCUGAAUGUUUCAUAAGCAAUAAAUUAUUUUCAGCAAUUUCCAUAAAUCAGCCAUACUAUACAGCCAUAUGCGGCCAGCAUAGCUUAUGACCAGCAUGCGAAACUGCGCAGUCUUGUCAGGCUAUAUCACGCAAAUGCGCAGGCUGGUCUGUAGCUGAAUUGGCUGCAUACACAAUAAAGCCCAUUUUUGUAUGAUGCAUCUCAAUAUCUUGUUUUAUUGCAAUAAGUCUCGGCACACAAUCAACCCAUCUCUUCUCCUGUGAUUAAAGCUUGUUUGUCAGCUAAUUCCAACAGAUCUAUAAUUCUUAUCAUGCGAUUUUCAAGGAAACAGUGUAUUUUCUGAGUAUCUUUGCACGUGGAAUGAGACAAUAAGUUUAAGUUUGAUUGAGCAAAUACCAAGUACAUGAAAUCACUUAGUAUUUCAAUAUUCCAAACUGAACUUCUGGAUGGCACGAUAACAUGCAAUAUUGCUUUUAAAAUUCGUAUCAUCAACAAAUGCAGAAUAUUAUUUGACAGUCUGUCAUUCAUGUAUGUUUUUUCACACUCUAUUAAUGCCGACAUCAAUUAUUUCAACAAGUAUUAAGUUGAUAAAUAAUUGCUUUUUCUUGAAUGUACUUUAAUUGUGCUGUCUUUUGAUUAAAUUUGAUGUACUUUAGAUGUGCUGUCUUUUGAUUAAAUUGAUAAAUUAUUGCUUUUUCUGGAAUGUACUUUAAUUGUGCUGUCUUUUGAUUAAAUUUGAAAAAUUAAUACUUUUUCUGGAAUGUUCUUUAAUUGUGCUGUCGUUGGUUUAUCAUUUUAUAUAACAUUUUAUUAUAACAAACCUAAGGGUAAACAAAAGAUGUGUUUGUCAGAAACACAAUGCCCCCUUAUGCACAGCUUUGAAUUUUUUUUUAAUGUGCAGCUCCAUGCGAUACACAUGCAUGCCAAAUAUCAAGUUGCUAUCAUCAAUAGUGCAAAAGUUAUGACCAAGGUUAAAGUUUUGGGACAGACAGACCGACAGACACAUACAAUGACAGACAGGCCAAAAACAAUAUACCCCGAUCCUUCAAUCCGGGGGGCAUAAAAAACUAGCAUUCAAUUUUGUGAUGGUACAUUGGUAACUAGCUAUAAAAGUUAGCAAUAAUAAGUUACCAGUUUAAUUUAAUACUCAGAAAGUUACUUGUUUAAAAGACUAGAAAGAUUUGUUUUUAUUUCUGCAAGUUUCUUAAACAAACCUGCAAUACACAUGAGUAGUUGGUGGUGUUACAGAAUACUACUGGGUGACAGAAAUAUUUUUUAUAUAAACUUUUAAACAUUAUUUUGAAAUUAAAUUUAUAAUAAAAGAUCCCUUCACUUAUGUAAUUUUGUUACUUAGUGUAUCCAAUGUAAAACAUUAAACAGUUUACAAAUCCCCCUUAUCACUUAUCUACCGUGAGUGAGUAUUUUUUAAAUUGUUCAAUAAAUAAUAACAUAGAAGUUAUAGGUGUUGUCGAAUGCAAAUGCUAUAUCUCCAUUCUGUAUUUUACUUGUAAAGCAAUCAUUUUUGUCAUGUAACUUUCCUGUGAUUCAAAGGUGUACUGGAUUCCACAUUGAACUGUAUUUUGUUGGGUUGUUAAAAUGAUAUGCAUUUUAUUGGUAGCUUACAAAAUAGAUUCAUCAGUCAAAGUUCACUAGAUUGUCCAAUUUUUUUUCCUUCAGAAUUGCACAUAUUUGAAGAUGUUUUAUUAUAUCUGAUAUUUUAAAUGUAUUUAUGAGAAUAUAUUAUUUGUUCUAUUGUGAUUUUGAGAAUAAAAAUAUUGUUUUGA